AUGGAUCCUCUUUCUGGCGCGCUGGGGGUGGUAGCCGGCGUCACAAGCAUUGUCUCCAUCAUUGGGAAGUCAGUUGUGGCCCUGAAUCAACUCCGCCAGAAGUAUCGAGACGCAGAACUCAAUAUCACGCUUUUAACGGGUCAGCUACGAAUCAUCCAGAGAGCACUGCUUCAGGUCCAAGGUUGGGCGCAAAAUUUACAGGGCGAUUCGCAACACUACCAGCUCUUGUUAGACCUUUCAGAUGCGGUUGCGCAUUGCAAACUACUUGUCGAAUACAUCCAUAACCAGAUCUCAAAGUUUCAGUGGGGCGACGACGCGCUGCUCGGACCUGGAAGCAAAGUCAUUUACUUGUUGGAGGACCAAGCGACCAAAGAUUGCCUCGCCCGGCUCGCCCUUCACAUCAACACUCUCAACCUGUGCCUGACGGCCACUCGGUGCCUAACACCACAGGAUCAAGGACAGCUGCUGCAUAGGAAGGCGAGCAGAAAAGUCUUCGAUCGGGCGAAAGACGACGCUACUUCGCUUAUUGGCUUCCGGGAUUCCGCUUCCUUUGCGACCUUUAGGACCAACCUCUCGACAGAUACGAAAUUUUCAAGGACGUUCGACUUCGAUGGCCUACUGUUGAGACACAAGAUCUAUCAGAACACUUUCAGGUCGAUGCUGAGGCGUGCUAAUUCUCCUACGGAAGAGCGUGCCGUGAAGAGAGGACAACGCCGGGCACUUUCCGACACGCCCGUUCUUCAGCUUAAGACCACAGCGAGGGACUCAGCCAAAAUCGAUCUGGUGCUAAAGGCAGAUGCCCGUAAACUGAGCAAAGAAGUCAAAAUCCUUGCGGUUGGUGACAAGCAUGGCAGAUCUAGCAUCGUCAAGCAGAUGAGGCAACGAUAUGGCCAACCAUUCUCGGAUGCCGAAAUUGAAGACUACAGAAGGUCCAUCACAUCCCUGGCUAUCAAGGCUCUUGUUGCUGUUCUUGAUUAUGUCACGGAUCUUGGAAGGGGAUUCGUGAGACAAGCUAGCAGGGACCAUGCCGACAUCAUCCUGGCGUUUUCAAAAUCUGGAGCGCCAGAAUGGAGCGUAUCCACAGAAAUUGCAGCCUCUGUGAAGCACAUCUGGAAUAACUGGCAUGUCCAACAAGCCUUUUCAGCCAUGCGGAAAGAUGGACAAACUGCCUUCUACCUCAGUGCGAUCGAAAGGAUUUGUCGGCCUGACUACAAGCCUAACAAUAUUGACAUCAUUCGAGGGCCUGAGAACUUCGAGACAAUGCGAGAAACCGAAUUGAUAUUGCCAUCAUCGACACUGCGUGUGAUUGAACUGCGGGAACAGCACGCCAUGAAGAUCAUGUCGCAGUUUGCCGAUGUCCAGUUCUGCCUCUUUCCCAUCGACCUGACAUGCUAUGACCGGUACCACGAUGACGCCAAUCAGACCAACGAACUUCGAGAAAGACUAUCUUACCUCAAAGGUAUCUGUCUGUCCAGCUACUUUACCAAGAGCAUAAUCCUGCUCGUCCUCACCAAUGCGACGGCAUUCAAAGACCGAAUUGCCAUGUCGCCCAUGAAGAGUCAUUUCGACGACUAUACAGCUGGCAAUGACUUCCAUGCGGCAACGAAGUAUAUUCUGAAGAAGUGCAGGCAAGUUAAUCGAACAGAGCUGCCGCUGUUCUGGCACAUUCAUGAUUUGAACGACGGCAAGGCUGAAGCCAUACAUCGGUUCUUCAGGCAGUCUGCAGCCAGCAUUACUGCAGUAUCGUGGCUGAGAGACAUUGGCCUCGGUGCAACAUGA